UCACCCUGUGUUUUUUUCCUGCAGGAGAAGAAAAAUGCUGGGGAUAAGAGCAGCAAAGGUGGUGGUGCUUCCUCCUGGCGGCGGUCCCGUUGUCCUCAGCCGUGAGGCUGCUGCCGCCAGCCCCUCGGAUGGGUAAAUAGGAGCACAGAUAUCACCUCCAGCUGCCUUGAAACGAGGGGAGAAACAACCAAAAUCCGGGGAUUUUCCCUUCCCAAGGAUAAAAACAUCCUCCCGAUGCGCUGUGACUGCUUAGCAGCACGCUGGCCCCGGCGUGGCGUGCUUCUAUGACCUCGUCCUGCGCCAGCCUGUUCCGUGGGGACCGGGAGCUGCAGCAAAUGGUGGCCGCGUCCCCCCCGGAGCGCUCGUUGCCCGCGUGGCCGCUUGGUGGGCACGCUGGCAGGGCCACCGGCCGUCCCGGGAGGCGCCGAGUCCCUCAGGUGUGGCAGUAACUGAUCUGUUGGUCAGGAAAAUGAACACUGCGGCGGCGGCUGGUCUCAGCUAUGUCGGGGGCUACGUCAUGAACACCUACAGGAGCUACGACAACUUCCUGCAGGACAAGCACGCUCUGCUGCCAGCCGUGAUCAUCCUUUGCGUCGCUGCGGUGAUGUUCAUCAUCGGGCUGCUCGGCUGCUGCGCAACCUUCCGGGAGUCUCGGGUUGGCCUGGGGCUGUUCUUGGCCAUUAUCCUCAUUAUCUUCAUCGCAGAAGUAUCCGCUUUUGUCCUGGCAUUUGUUUACAGGGAAAAGGUAAAAACUGACGUCCAAGGCACAAUGCGUUCAGUCUUCGAGAAGUAUGACGGGAAAAACUCAGAGUCUGCUGUGGUGGAUUACUUGCAAGAAAACCUUCAUUGCUGUGGGGUAAAGAACUACAGCGACUGGACAAGCACGCAGUGGUUUAAUUCCACUGGGAAUAACAGCGUCCCCCUGAGCUGCUGCAAGCAAAACCUGAAGAACUGCACGGGGAGUCUGGAUCAGCCGCAGGAACUCAACACGCAGGGCUGUUCAGGGGAGCUGGAGUCUGGGCUGCAGAGCGUCAUCAGCUAUGCUAUGCUGGUAAUCCUGGGCUUUGCCAUCGUAAAGUUCUUUGGCAUGCUGAGUGUCUGCGUGCUUACUUGCAAGCGAGAAGACAGCGGAUACCAGCCUCUUUACUCAGGGGUGUUCGCUUAAUAAAAUGCACAGAUCACUCUUCUUUUGCUUCCUGAUGAUAAAAUAGAUUUGUAAAGAUGAACGCUAAAGGACAAUUCAUGACCCUGUUAACUGUUUUACUUUAUUUACAUGAAACGGAAAGAACGCUUUGUACUGAUUAGGAAAAGUUUUCUUGUGGGCGACUUGAAAUGGCAAUUCCGAUAUUCAUUACCCUGCAGUAACUUAACCCUGGUCGUACAUACCACGGCUUUCUGUAAGGUUAUUGUGGAUUUGGAUUUGUGACUUUUUCUAGGUAGCAACAGAUGGCGUAAUAGGCUCCAGAAAGAAGCCUACUUCUGCAGUUCUUUCCUGUACCCUCAAAACAAGCAGGAGAAAUGUUAUUUUUAAUCACUAAACUGACUGAGACUGCAGGAGUGGAUUCAGUUGCCUGCACAAACAUCAGAUCGUUCCCAUGAUGUGCUUAAACAGCGUAAGAAACUUCUGAAUGCAAGGUUCAAAUAUUCUUCAUAAGCAUGGGGAGACGGAAUAUGUUUUCUCUGUAUCUGAUGGUGGUUCAUGUUUUUCUCCUUGUAAUGGUCAUAUGUCGAAAUUCAGUUUACUGCAGGGGUUGUUAGAUAAGACAAACCCUGUGAAGUCUAGAAGAGAAAUCUGAGUUGUCUGUUGAAGCAGCUAGCAAAUGUGAACAACCCCAGGCCAGGAGGGGAUGUGUGUUUGGGACGUCUCUUUUGGUUCAUUUUGUCUUUUUGUUUUUAAUUUGACAUUAAAAUUUGCUUAUGAAGCAGUUUUCGUUUUCUUUUCUGCUUUUGCUGAUGCAUUUACGCUUUGUCUACCCAAAGACAGACCGUGUCUGUUUGCGAGAGUGAUGCAGAUGAAUACAGGAGUUGGAGGAAACGUUGGAUCAGCGUGGUUAUGCAGGAAGGAUGACUGGAAGGGCUAGUGCAGAGUUCUCUGUGUCACUGAACACAUCUGGCUGCUUUUCACAGCUAAAAAUGUUAAUAUAAUACUUUCUUGUACCCUGUUAGUUGACCAAGCAGUGUUGUUAACCUGUUUUUUGUCAAUGUCUUGUGACUGAUAGGUUUCUUUCUCUUUAAAUGUCUGGUGAAUAUGGUCAUUUCUUGGAUUGCACCACUUCUUCAAAAACGGUCCUUCUUUAACAUGUCUGUGUGCUAAUCCAUGUGUCGGUGCUUUAGGGGUCUUAGAGCUGUGAUGUGGGAGAAAACUCAGCUAUUCUUGGUUAGAGAAUUGCGGAAAAGGAACAGCAUAUUAGCAUAUUUUCUCUUUGGAGCGAUAAGCAGUCUAUUCUGAGCAGCAAACCUUUGUAUCUGUAGCUAUUUAGAAAAAAGAAGGAGUUUGGGGUAAGUGUAAGCUGUUUAUUUAUCUUUUUUUUUUUUCUGAAAGAAAUUGAUGUUGUGUAGGAGAUGUACCAGUCUAAGAAUGUAUAUGUUGAAGGUGAUUUAAUGUUUAUGAGGGCUUUGUCUUCCGUUUAAUGCCAAAAUAAAUCAAAUUUCUUUAAGUAA